GCGCUGCGGUGGUGACAUUCUGAACCAAGUAUCCCAAAACUAUUGCGUCUCCUCGCCCCACGUCUUUCCGGUAAAACUCUUCGAGGAGGUUAGUCGUCCGAGCGGCCGUCUCUUCGGGUUCAUCAUGACGUCCAAAGUGUCACGUGAUACGCUCUACGAGUGCGUGAAUUCUGUUAUACAGAAUUCUCAAGACAAGAAGAGGAAUUUUUUGGAAACUGUCGAGAUUCAAAUCGGUCUGAAGAACUAUGACCCCCAAAAGGACAAGCGUUUCUCAGGCACUGUAAAAUUGAAGAACAUCCCACGUCCGAAAAUGCAGGUGUGUGUAUUAGGAGAUCAACAACAUUGCGACGAAGCUAAGGCACAAAAUGUACCUUUCAUGGAUGCUGAGGCACUUAAGAAAUUGAACAAGAACAAAAAACUUGUCAAGAAACUAGCCAAAAAAUACGAUGCUUUUCUCGCCAGCGAGUCGUUGAUCAAGCAGAUUCCGCGUUUGUUGGGUCCAGGUUUGAACAAGGCUGGUAAAUUCCCUGGGCUUCUCUCUCACCAGGAGUCUAUGACCGCAAAAAUUGACGAAGUCAAAGCAACCAUCAAGUUCCAGAUGAAGAAGGUGCUGUGUCUAUCGGUUGCUGUUGGACACGUUGGUAUGACACCCGACGAGCUCGUUCAGAACGUCCAUCUGUCUGUGAACUUCCUGGUGUCUCUUCUGAAGAAGCACUGGCAGAAUGUCCGCUCUCUUCACAUUAAAUCAUCCAUGGGACCACCACAGAGGCUGUACUAAUUUUAUCAAUUAGCAAUAACGCUUCUGACGCAAAUCCAAUGAUAAUAAAUAAAAUUGAAAAAAAUAUAA